GUGUAAAGUAUUCCUAAGAAAAAAAAAUACGGUCCGUCAUACAGGCACCGGGGAUAAGUUUACCCAAAAUUAGGUAAAUUUAAGGAUACUAGGGGGCUCUUAAUUAGGAGCUCUCUGAUACAUAUUGCCCGGCGUUCGGAUAGACCACCCCAACUCGGCAAUGGACUCGCGAAACGGCCGGGGCUUUUCUAGGGGCAGUGGAAAUGAGAGGGAUGGGGGCAGUAAUUACUACAGAUCCAGGUCCAGAUAUAGCCGAUCCCGGUCGCGUUCACGUGAAAGGAGCCGGGGUUUUGGUGGCUUCCGGCACAGGAACUCUCGAUCCCGUAGUCGGGAUCGCUCACCCGUGUUCAGACACGAGCAUCGUGGUGGCCGUGGUGGCAAUGGUGACCCCGAUUUGUACCACAACCUGAUCAACGAUGACCACAGGGAGGAUCAGCGCAAUUACAACUCUCGGAAUAACUUUGAUAAUCGUCAGUUUCGGAGGGAUGAUAACUUUGAUCGAAGGAACCGGGAUAGAGAUUGUGAUAGUGAACGGGUGCUGAAUGACUAUGAGUACGAACAGCGCUGUCGGGAUCUUGAUUCGCGGGACCGGAACUCCAUGGACAGGGAGCGGUUUCAUGAGAGGGAUCAUAGCAGGGAGCAUAACAGACCCUGGAACAGGAACUUUAAUCAUGACGAUCGAAGCAGAAGCAAUGAGCGGAACACACGACCCCGAGAUCAUCGUGUGUACAACGGCGCUGGAAACAAUAAUGUGCCCAACCACAGUCGAGAACGAGAAAGGGAUUGGGAACAAGAGCGGGAGCGGGAGCGUGUUCGGGAAAGGAGAGUCUCAUCAGAUUAUGACAGUGAUGAGGGUCACAUGCGCAGGAAUAAAUAUCGAGGAGCCGCCGAAGCCCUCAAUAUAAUCAUUAUCUUCGGUCUCACCAAGGAUAUGACUAGAGCAGAUAUAAUGAGCGAGCUGAUAAAGGUCAACAUGGAGCCUGCCUGCAUUCGUAUUAUCCGGAAACAUGGAGCAGAUUCAUCACGCGGUAUAGCGUUUGUCGAGUUUAACACCGUUGAGGAGGCGAAACAAUGGAUGGAUAUUACACAGGGCGUUCUGAAGUUGAACGAACAACGGGUGACCAUGCAGUAUAGUCACAAGCGCAUUCAGGAUUGGAAUUGCAACAAGUGCGGCGUCUGCAACUUCAAGUUUAGAUUCUAUUGCUUCGUGUGCAAAACAUCUCGGGAGGACAGCGAAACUACCUUCUCAUCCGGCAGUGAAGGCGUUGAUGAAGUCAGCAGCAUUCUCACUAAAAAGAUCAUGCUGAGGAACCUAGAUGCCUUGACCAACGAAGAGGGUGUGCUCACUGCCCUCCAGGAGCAUCUGAAGGAUCUGAGCAAGACGAUAAGCAAGGUGAUUAUCAGUCGGGAUACCUUGACUCAGGCAUCGCGUGGAAUCUGCUACCUUCACUUCGACACUCUCGUGGACUCCAUGAAUGUGCACAAUGCCUUGACAUCGCUGGAUCCUCCCCUGACUCUCGACGACAGAGCUGUGGCCGUUACCUAUUGCAAUGACCUGGAAGAACGCCAAGCAUUGCCCAAGGAUCCGAAAGCCAAAGCAGAUAAAACCAGUCAUGAAAUCGUUAAGGGUGGCGACAUUUCUGCAGUUCCACCCACAGGAUUGGGUGGGAACUACACCCUGGCCGAUGUCCCACGUCUCGCAGAGUACAGUGCCUCCUUGUACGCCUCGACUCCCGUGGAACAUGCUCAUUACGUCCAGUACUACACGGAUUAUUACACGGCGGAAAUAAGCAAGAAGAACAGUGAUCCUCACCUAACAGAAGCCAACUCCGGAGCGGCGGUGGCCCUUUCGGCCAUUCAGCGCAAGCAGAAGAAGAUGAGUAGUAUAGAGACAACGAUCACGGCGGCGGCCACAGCUGCGGCACAGGCAGCAGCGGAGGUGAAGGCCUCAUUCGCCGCUGCUCAGGCCGUUAGUGCGCCCAGGGGUAACGAUGGAAAGACCUACCCCACUCCCGAUGUGACGCAGUACCAGUAUGAUGAGACCUCCGGCUACUAUUACGAUCGCUCAACGGGUCUCUACUACGAUGCCCACUCGCAGUACUACUACAACAACGAGACGGGCGCGUACCUCUAUUGGGAUCAGCGGAGGAGCACCUACGUGCUGGCCACGCCAGCUUCCACUCAGGCAGCCCUCCAGGAAACGCUAGCCGAAGCAGAGCAGAAGGAGGAGGAGGCCAAGAAGGCAAAAGAGAAGGAAAAAGACAAGGAGGGAGGAAACAAGCACGACAAAGUCAAGGUGGCCAAGAAGAUUGUCAAAGACAUGGAGAAAUGGGCCAAGCAGCUGAAUCAGAAAAAGGAUUACACAGAGGUGGCCACUCCGCAACCAAUAUUGGGCAAUGAAAUUACCGCCACGUCAAGGGCCAAUCAAGGAGGAUAUGCUGAUCUGGGCUUCUCGAUUCUGGAGAAAAAGGAUCGCGGCAAGCUGAAUGACUAUGUGCCUCAACCGGCUCCGGCUCCGAUGAACAAGCUUGUAAAUGCCUAUGGCGGAACAUCAGACUCUGAGGAGGACAGUGCUCCGAACUUGCCAAAAACACAAAGUUCAGCGGGAUCAGAGGGUGUAUCUGGAGGCGCAGGCUCUAAUGAGUCGGAUUACGUGGAUAUUCAAAAGCUAACCUGUCUGCUCUGCAAGCGUGCCUUCCAGUCACUGGAUAUAUUGCAGAAGCACUUGAAGAUGUCCACGCUGCACAAGGAGAACCUAGCCAAGCUCAAUCCAAAUUCUGGAGGGGAUGCUAGCAUUGAUGAGGCACUAUCGUACCGCGACCGUGCCAAGGAGCGCCGGUUGAAGUACGGCGAGAGCGAUCCUCCUCCGCCAAAUCGCAGCAGGGAGCGAUUUGAGCAGGAAAUAAAGACUUUGCAGACGCGGCCCAAAGACCCCACUGGGGCAGCUCCAGCCAUGCCCAUCAGUUCGAGCAACGUAGGCAGUCGUCUGCUGCAGAAAAUGGGUUGGUCGGAGGGCCAGGGAUUGGGCAGGAAGAACCAGGGACGCACCCAGAUCAUAGAGGCUGAGGGACACUCCAACAAUGUGGGUCUGGGUAACAAGUCGGGAAGCAUGUUACCACGCUACGACUACAAAUCGUACAUCAAGAUGAAGAUGAAACAGCGUUAUGAGAAUGUCUGAGAGUAGAUUUCAAAUUUUAAGCCGCUUUCACAUGUUCAUUUUAAAGUAUAAUUGAAAUACUUUAGUUAAAAUAUUACGAAAAAUUAGACCCACUUACCAUAUUAUAUAUGAAUCUUUAUGAGCAUUUUCGGUUGCGAGUCAGAACUGAGGAAAAUACUUUUCCUCUUUUUGAACUGGAACAUGUGAAAUCGACUCUGGCUAAGCAUUUUAUAGUUUGAGUUAUGAUUAAGCGACUUCAUAUCCUCAUUAAAUUGUACAAAAAUAAA